UCGCACGGCUGAAGGCAAAACAUUGUAGGAAUUUCUCAUUCUCUUUUGCCACCGUAUGUACCUUCUACUGUCAACAGUUUAACGACAAAAGAGGGAAAAAGGCUGUUCAGGCAGAGUUCAGCACAUGGCAGUGUACUUCGAUCAUCGGAUUGAGGCCCCAGAGUCGAAUGGGACUCCUUGUCAAAUCGCAUGGCACUCAACACAGCCUGUGUUAGCGGUGGCCUCAGUCAGCCCCACCUCUGGGGGCAGUGUUGAUCUUUACCUCCAGCAGGGAGAGCAUGUUGGUAGCUGUCACAUUGAGCGCUCCUGCCAGCCCACGGUGCUGCGUUGGCACCCCAGCAAGCCGGUGCUGGCCGUGGGCUGGGAGACAGGAGAGGUGCUCCUGCAGACUUACCCCUCGGGAGAGCAGAGCACCCUGCCUGCCACUCACACCGCCUGCAUCACCCUCCUCGACUGGAGCAGCACCGGGAGCCGCCUCAUCACAGGGGACCAGAUGGGUGUCCUGGCGCUGUGGAAGCUGGAUGCCCGCGGGAGGCUUCAGGGAGGCUGUCUUGCGAAGCACGACUACGGGAAGCCCUUAACCUAUUCCGUCUUCAGGCCCUCGCCCCCGGGAGAGGAUGUGGCGCAGCUGGCCCGGGCAGCGGUGAGCGGGGAUGAGAACGCGCUGGACAUGUUCAACUGGAGGAAGGCGGGGAAGGGGGGAUCGCUGAAGCUCGGCUCUCUGGAAGGACUGACCUUCUUUGUCAGCACCGCUGAUGGCUCUGUGCACUGUGUAGAUGAGAAGGGUAAGAGCAGCCCCAUACUGAGUGUGGACAGCCCUGUGCAGAAGUUACUGUAUCUGGAGAGGCGAGAUGUGCUGGCUGUGAUCACAGAAACCCUGCAUCUGUCGCAGUACAGCCUGGGGCCUGAGGGGGGCGCCCAGGAGCUCUUGAAGGUGAAGCUCAGUGGGAAGAGUGGGCAGAGUACAAACAUUGCAUGGUCAGAUCAGGGCCUUCUCAUCACAGCCACUGGGGAGCAUGUCAUCAGGCUGUGGGACCUGGAGAGAGACGACAACUAUGUACUAUCUCUGGAUGAGAAUCUUGGCUACGAGAAGGGAGAGACGCUCAACUGUGUGUCAUACUGUGCAGCAAAAGAUAUACUCGCUGCAGGAACUAGCAGGGGCCGCAUUGCCAUGUGGCGGAAGGGGUCCGUGUCCGGUCACAGAGUGGACACCCAGAGCCAGUGGAAACUGCAGACUCCCACUGAGGUUGAAGGAAACAUCACCCAGCUCCAGUGGGGCUCCAGCCUGAACCUCCUGGCUGCCAACGGAGUGAGCACCGUCAUGAUCCUGUGUGAGCACGUCAUGUCCGCCCACUUCAGCCAGCAGGUGGCGGCAGUGCAGCUGACGCCCAACCAGCUCAGCCUGUCCUACUUCAGCACCGGGAGCCAGCUCAGCCUGCGCACGGACAUGCACAUCAAGGGCGUCUGUGUCAGCAAGGAUACAGUGACUGUGUGGAAUGGGAAGCAGGUCACAGUGUAUGAGUCCUCAGGAACCAUGCUGCGCAACACAGGCUCUUUCCCAUGUGAAUCCCAAGCCCUUGCUGUGCAUGAGGAGAGUAUCUAUACUGUGGAGCCCAACAGGGUGCAGGUUCGCACUUUACAGGGCACAGUGAAGCAGCUGCUGGUGUUCUCUGAAGCGGAGGGGAACCCAGUGCUGCUGAGCGUGUGCGGAAACUUCCUUGCGGUGGGCACUGACACGGGGAACUUCAAACUCUUUGACUUGUCCCGCAGGGAGGCCAAGCCACACUGCAACGCUAAGAGUCUGAGUGAGCUUGUUCCGAACGUGGGAGCUCUGCUGUCAGUGAAGUGCAAUGCCAAUGGCAGUCAAGUCAGCAUCCUGCUCAGUCAGAUCAAUGGGAGACCGGACCACAAGGUCUACUUCUACGAUGUGGAGAUGGACACUCUGUCUCAUUUUGACUUCUUCACCGGACGACCACCGAGUGGGAUUUCACAGACAGAGGACACAGACAGAAGCCAUUCCCAGAGUGCCGAGCUCUGCGGCCGCUGUCCGGUGUCACAGUUCUGGGACGAGAGCGAGCCGCGCCUCUUCGUGUGUGAGACAGUGCUGAUAGCCGACCCGCAGCGUCCCUCCUUACCCGACGGCCAGGAGGAGGUGGAAGUCCUUGUAGUGUCUUUCUUCUGCACCCAGGAGCACGGGCUGCUCCUGCAGGACUCCUACCCGAAACCAGCCGGAGUGCAGGCUCUGCUGGCCCUGGAUGUGCCUUUCUAUUACUUCACCUGUAAGCCUGGGGAACGAGACAUGGAGGGUGAGGAGGCCCAAGGCCCUGUCCCGACCCCAGCCCCCGGCCCGGCAGCACAGUCCUCGGUCCCUCAGAUGGUGUCUCGGAGGGCCCUGAGAGACUUUGUGGGCCUGGAGGAAUGUGAUAAGCCCACCCGUGAUGCCAUGCUGAACUUCAGCUUCUACCUGACCAUCGGAGACAUGGACGAGGCCUUCAAAUCCAUUAAACUCAUAAAGAGUGAGGCAGUGUGGGAGAACAUGGCACGGAUGUGUGUGAAGAACCGGCGGCUGGACGUGGCACGGGUCUGCCUGGGGAACAUGGGCCACGCCCGAGGGGCCCGCGCUUUACGGGAGGCCGAGGCGGAGCCCGAGCUGGAGGCCAGGGUGGCGGUUCUGGCCACACAGCUGGGCAUGCUGGAGGAUGCAGAACGGCUGUACAAGAGCUGCCGGCGCUACGACCUGCUGAACAAGUUCUACCAGGCUGCAGGCCAGUGGCAGCGGGCUGUGGAGACAGCAGAGACCCACGACCGGGUCCACCUGCGCACCACCUACUACAGCUACGCCAAGCACCUAGAGGCCAUGGGAGACCGCAAUAUGGCCCUGGUGUACUAUGAGAAGUCUGACACCUACAGAUUUGAGGUUCCCAGGAUGCUUUUGGAGGAUGUGAUGUCUCUGGAAAUUUACGUCAACAAAAUGAAGGACAAGAGCCUGUAUAAGUGGUGGGCUCAGUACCUGGAGAGUCAGUCCGACAUGGAGUCAGCGCUACGUUACUACGAGUACGCACAGGACUAUCUCUCCCUGGUGCGGGUGCACUGCUACCUGGGCAACAUACAGAAGGCAGCAGAGAUCGCGAAUGAAACGGGGAACCGCGCCGCCUCGUACCACCUGGCGCGGCAGUACGAGAGCCAGGAGGAGAUCAGACAGUCUGUGCACUUCUACACGCGAGCCCAGGCCUACAACAACGCCAUCCGCCUCUGCAAGGAAAAUGGACUGGAUGACCAGCUGCUGAACCUGGCUCUGCUUAGCAACCCAGAGGACAUGAUGGAAGCUGCCUGCUACUAUGAGGAAAAGGGGACUCACAUGGACCGGGCCGUCAUGCUUUAUCACAAGGCGGGCCACUUCUCCAAGGCCCUGGAACUGGCCUUCUCCACGCAGCAGUUUGGAGCGCUGCAGCUGAUCGCCGAGGAGCUGAACAAGAACUCAGACCCGGCUUUGCUGGCGCGCUGCUCUGACUUCUUCAUCAAGCACUCCCAGUACCAGAAAGCAGUGGAGCUGCUGGUGGCUGCCAAGAAGUACCAUGAGGCUCUGCAGUUGUGUUUGGACCAGAGCCUGACCAUCACCGAGGAGCUGGCCGAGAGCAUGACGGUGUCACGCGGCUCCAAGGACCUGCCUGAGGAGGCCCGCAAGGAGCUGCUGGAGAAGAUUGCGGACUGCUGCAUGCGCCAGGGCAACUACCACUUAGCCACCAAGAAGUACACACAGGCCGGCAACAAACUCAAGGCCAUGAGGGCGCUCCUCAAGUCUGGAGACACGGAGAAGAUUGUGUUCUUCGCAGGGGUUUCUCGACAGAAAGAGAUUUACAUAAUGGCUGCCAACUACCUGCAGUCCCUGGACUGGCGCAAGGACCCCGAGAUCAUGAAGAACAUCAUUGCUUUCUACACUAAAGGGAGGGCUCUCGACCUCCUCGCUGGCUUCUACGAGGCCUGUGCUCAGGUGGAGAUUGAUGACUACCAGAACUAUGAGAAGGCGCUGGGAGCGCUGACUGAAGCCUACAAGUGCCUGGCCAAAGCCAAAGUGCGGAGUACGGAGGAGCAGGAGAGCAGGCUGGCGGAGCUGCAGCACAGGAUCACCCUGGUGAAGAGGUUCGUCCAGGCACGCAGGCUGUAUGAAGAGGACCCCGGGGAGGCUGUGCGUUUGUGUGAGACCAUGCUGGAGGAGGCGGACCUUGACCCUGCCGUCCGUAUCGGAGACGCCUAUGGCUUCCUGGUGGAGCAUCACUGUCAGCAGGGCAGCUUCCAGGUGGCCUACCGCAAGCUGGAGGAGAUGCUGAAGCGCCUGCCCUCCAUCAACGUGAGCUACUAUGUGAGCCAGCGUAACCUGGAGGCCCUGCAGCUGGCCGUGGGGCUUCCCCUAGUCCGGGGGCCACCCGUGGGCCGCAGCAACCGCAGGGACAGCGGGGGGGAGGAGGACGAGGUCGAGGAGGACGAAACUCUGGAGGCCCAUCAGAGAGACUGAGCCACCCCUAGCAGGGGAAGAGAGCUCUCCCCCCUUCAGACGUGAGGUGGGGAACCUGCUGGGCU